AUGCUGGUCGAUCCCAGCCCUCUUAAUCGCAACCUCAUCCCCCUUUUUCCAACUGCCGUAGAUUUGGAGAGCACGCUGCCCGUGAAGCCGGAUUCUAUCCUCACCCAACUGAAGUUCAUUGCGUGCGUGCGUAUCUUCACGGAGGAACUCUGUGCGUUCGCGUCAGUUGUUUCGCCCGGUGGAACCUGCUUACGUUCCAAGCUUUGGUUGUGGCUUGAGCACGAGCUGAAUAGCCUUAGGAAAACCACUUGCGAAGGUGAAAGUGGUUGCACCUCUGCCAUAUACCACUGUCUACUCUCGACCCCACCUCCACCAUAUCUUGCUGAAGACCAACCGAACUUCGUACCGUUAGUUUAUGCACGGGAUGCAGAGAGCUAUUUCACACCUGUUCAGGACCAAACAGUCUCGCAGGAUGUUGCUCAUAGCGUCGGGCAACAGGAAACCCAACUCUUAAAGGACAGACUUCUUUGGCUCAAGGCGAACAUGCCCUUCAUCUACAGUCUGAUCAACUUCUGUGGCCUGCAAGGUGCCAGCGGCGUGGACCUGCAUCCUGUUCGCAUGGAACUUCUGCAACUAAUUACGGAACUUUUUGCUGUUGCCCCGGCGCCGUCUGUACUUCCGGUGAUUUCCACCACCACAACCGCAGCCAAGACGCCUUCCCCCUCCUCCAAUACCAUUACCCAGUUCCUGAAUAGAGUUCCCCUUCUGCGUUCCGUCUUCCUGGUGCCUCCUGGUGUCAUGUAUCUGCCGAAACAACUAUUUCUCCUCAAGGUACCUUUUUUCAUUCUCUGA